CACUGGUUCAAACAUGAACCUCCCUGAGGGUCAGAGCUCUGUAUAAAUACUGCAACUCCUUUGUUCGGAGAAUUCAGUUCAGAAAGAAAGAAGGAAACCUAUAGAUGCCUAUCUACAGUAUAUUGUGCUUCUCAUAAGUACUUGAGGACUAAGCAAAAACUACACUUGAAGAUUAAAGACUGCACUUGAAGAAAAUUCACAUCUACACCUGACUGUAGAUUUUAGUGUCUUUCUACACCUGAAGAUUCGAGAUGCUUGGAUUAUAUAAGAAGUUGACCCUGCUGGCAGCGAUGUCAUUGUCCCUCCUGACCACUCUGGCCCAGUCUUCCCCUGUGGUGGGCCCGGAGCCUAUUCGCUGUGCCCCCUGUACCCAGGAGAAGCUGGAUGAAUGCCCGGCCAUCUCCCCAGACUGUAAGCAGGUUCUCAGGGAGCCAGGCUGUGGCUGCUGCAUGGCAUGUGCCCUGGAGAAGGGGGCCUCCUGUGGAGUAUACACGGCCCACUGUGCUCAGGGGUUAAAAUGCAGCCCAAGAGCUGGGGAUCCUAGACCCCUCCACUCCCUCACCAGAGGACAGGCCAUCUGCACUGAGGACCAGGGACAAGAGAAAGUAGAAGGGGUGCCAGACCACAGCUCCCUAGCCUACUUCCUGGGACUCAACACCCCCUUUGACACCAAAAAUGAGGGUGCUCAGGAGAGCAUCAAGGCCAAGGUCAACACCAUCCGCAAGAAACUGGUGGAACAGGGUCCCUGCCACAUUGAGCUGCAUGCAGCUCUGGACAAGAUAACCAGCUCUCAGCAGGAACUAGGAGAGAAGUUCACCAACUUCUACCUACCCAACUGUGACAAACAUGGCUUCUACAAGGCCAAGCAGUGUGAGUCGUCUCUGGUGGGACCCCAUGCCAGGUGUUGGUGUGUGUCCUCCUGGAAUGGGAAGAAGAUUCUGGGGUCCAAUUAUCUACCCGGCUUAGAGUGCCAGCUGGAGCUCUAAAUCAUGGACACUCUGACCCACAUUCACAGGCACAUGCAUGCACACGUAUUGACACACAGUCUUUUUUUACUCCACUUAAACACACAUAUAGGUGUCCUCAAACCUACACACAUCCACAUCAUAUAUAUAUACUGACUUUCUUUUACAAACACGUAUAAAUACACACUCAUUCAAAUAAGCACACAUUUUUUAUUUUGAUCUAAUUACUGUUAAUUUAUUUACGUGAUGUAUCACACCUUAUUUAUUCAAAAUGCGUAUGUGCUUACAAGUAUGGACCAUUUGUAAUUUUUAGAUUGUUUAUGUUUCCUAUUUUCUGAUUGUAAACAGGGCAACAGUGUAUGCAUUUGUGUUUCUGACUAAAUAACUCCAUCUCUGAAGACCACAGGUCUCCAGCUCUGCCAAACCCAGUUCAGGGUCUUCAGAAUCUGUUUUUGAUUCAUUCAACCAGGUGGACCCGUGCACAGUAAAUGAAACAACACAGCCAUUCAUUCAUUCAUUCAACAUGUUGACAGUUUCGGAAGGUAUUCUCAUUGACAUUUCCUCAAUGGGUAUUGGGGAAAUGCUUAAAGUUCCACAAGUAUGCAUCUGGUGGCCAGGCACAAACAUAUCACUGCUCAUCCAAGCCCCUGUUUGGUUUUGGGGGAGUUUUUCUGUCUUCAUCUACCUCUACUGGUCUGUGCAGGUCUUCUGGUUUGGCAGAUGUUUUUUGGGACAGUCUUUUUUCUCCCAACUCUCUGCACAUACACCACCCUCCUCAUGUGAGGUCAUUGUUUCAUUUGUCUGAAAGGAAGUUCUCUUUUGUUUGAUGUAAUGUCUGUAUUUAUUAUAUGUCAAACUAUUCCUGACAGCAAGUCAGAAAUAUGUGAUGAGAUAUGCUGCUAUUACUUUUUGUUUGGUUUGUUACAAAUCAUGUAUAGCCUAUGUUAGUUACUCUGUUGUAAUUUUGUGCUUUCAAUAAACACGUUAACCUCAA